GCCACCCACUCUCAUCAAUGCACCGAUAUGAUGCCGAUAAAGCUCACCUCCCCUCCAUGCAUCCUUCAACUACCUUUACCACCAACGGAACUUCUAACCCACCGAGGAGCACCACUAGUAACGAUACCGAUAUGCCUCCGACGUCCACCAUCAUCAAGGACACCACUCCGUUGUUCGACAGCGUCAUCUCUCCACCAGUGAAGAACAAUCCCACUCCUCCAUCGACAACCGAUAUCAAUAUCUCCCCACCACUGAAGAACAGCCCCAUCACCAACAACAGCAGCUCUUCUCCACCACGGGCUGAUUCUUUACAAUUUGGGUCUGUGUUGGGCAUCAACCUCCCACCGUUGACCAACGACAUUUCUCAAUCGAGCACUACUGCGGUGGCCAGUGCUACACUCUCCGAUUUGCCAGUAACUUCGGUGCUAGUUACAACUGAGGAUUGUCAUGUUGAGCCUCACCCCUACAUUAAGAAUUUCAUUGAAGAUUUGGAGCACACCUGGGGUAAUUCAGAGAAAUGGGUCUUAGAGCUUCGUGGAGGGAGGCAUAUAGCUAUUCCUCUCUCACUUUACCACUCUCCUGGGAGCUUGUCGGAUUUUUCCAAUCUCGAGGGAGCUGUCGGACAGGGUAACAACACUUUCAAGGAAGAAGGGCAUAUUGUUAGUUGGGCGGAUGAAUAUGAUGGUGCUCUGGAUAAUGUUUCUGUUGUUUCAGGGUUAGAUUGUGAGUUAGGGGAAUCAGAUGGGGGUCUUGUAAACUGGGAAAAUGUUAAAGAACCAUUGGUUGUGCAACCUUUGGCGAUGGCUAACCCAGUUGCUCCACUUGUAGAAGUGGCAGAUGCUUCCACUCAAUUAUCACCAUGGGUUGAGAAACGAAUUAAAGCCUUUAGGAAAUCUGUGGGUACUUCCUUGGAAGGCUUCGAAGCGGAAAUUACUGGAAUUUUUUUAGCUUUGGAGGCUAGGAAGAAAGCUAAAAUGCAAGUAGAAUGCUCUCAGAAGAGAGAACCUAAGACAAGUUAUAAAGGGCGUCGGGAGUUAAAAAGUCUGCUAAAUUCUUGGAACUUUGAGAAUAAUUCUGAUUUGGUAGGAGUUGCCAGUGGGGAACGGGAUUCUGUGGUGCCUCAAUGAAUCUGAAAAUUAUCUCCUGGAAUGUUAGGGGGCUGAAUGAUUGUGAAAAAAGACUUCGAAUUCGGAACAUGAUCAGAGGUUGGGGUGUAUACAUUAUUCGUCUGCAAGAAACAAAAAUGGAAUUGAUAACAAGGAGAGAGAUUCGGAGCUUGUGGGGUUGUCAACAUUUGGAUUGGCUAUAUUUGGGCUCUAUAGGUGCUUCGGGGGGUGUUUUGGUGAUGUGGGAUAGAAGGCUGGUGGAAAAAAUUGACGAAGCACUGGGAAGGUUUUCUGUCUCUUGCAAAUUUAAGAAUGUGGUAGAUCAUUUUGUUUAGGCUUUCACUGGUGUAUAUGGACCAAACUCUGAUUGUGACCAGCGACUGCUUUGGGAAGAGCUGGCUGGCAUUCAUAGUUGAUGGAAUGUGCCUUGGUGCAUUGGAGGCGAUUUUAAUGUCGUGCGAUUUCCUUCGGAGCGACGUGGUGCAGACUCUUUCUCAUCAACCAUGCUUGAUUUUUCAGAUUUCAUUUCUGAACACAAUCUUAUUGAUUUACCAUUGGAGGGAGGUACUUUCACUUGGUCUAAUUCUAGAGAAGUGGCUUCGCGGUCUAGGCUUGACAGGUUUCUUCUCUCUUCUGAUUUGGAAGAGCAUUUUCCUAAUAUUUGUCAAAAAAGACUGCAUAGAUUACUUUCAAACCACUUUCCAGUUCUGUUAGAAGGGGGAAAUUUUCACAGAGGCAGUCGUCCUUUUUGCUUUGAGAAUAUGUGGUUAAAGGCAGAGGGUUUUGUGGAGAAAGUGAGAACUUGGUGGGAGUCCUAUCAUUUUCAAGGUUCCCCUAGCUUUCGGUUUGCAAGCAAAUUGAAAGCUUUGAAGCUAGAUUUAAAGAAAUGGAAUGUAGAAGAAUUUGGCAAUGUGGAGGAUAAGAUGAACAAGUUAUGGAAGAACCUUGAAGCACUUGACUUGCUGGAAGAUAGUCGUCCUCUAUCAUAUGAUGAGACUUUGGAAAAAGAACGGCUUCGCAUUGGUCUUGAAAAGGUAACUCUCAUGGUUGAAAUAUGUUGGAGGCAGAAAUCUAGGGCCCUUUGGAUUCAAGAGGGGGAUAGAAACACUAAGUUCUUUCAUAGAACAACAAACUCCCACAGAAGAUUUAAUACUAUAGACAAUCUGUUGGUGGAAGGUGAAUUGACAUCGGAUCCUAAUUCAAUAGCAGCUUGCAUCUCUCAUUUCUACAAACAAUUGUACUCUGAAAAUGAGGGCCAAAGACCUGUGCUUGAUGAAGUGGAAUUCUCUAUGAUUUCUAAGGAGGAAGCUGCUUGGUUAAAAAGACCAUUUGAGGAAGAGGAGGUAUAUGGUGUCAUCCAAGGUUGUAAUGGCAAUAAAUCUCCAGGACCAGAUGGUUUCUCAAUGGCUUUCUUUAAGGCUUGUUGGACUUUUUAAAACUUGAAAUUAUGGAGGUUCUUGCCAACUUCCAUUCACAAGCUAUCUUUGAGAGAAGCCUUAAUGCAACUUUCAUUGCUCUCAUUCCAAAGAAAGUUGAUGCUGUCAGUGUGAGAGACUUUAGACCUAUUAGUCUUGUGGGUAGUAUUUAUAAAGUCAUUUCCAAGUUGCUGGCUAAUAGGCUGAGAAGGGUGAUUACUGGAAUUAUCUCUGAGUCUCAAAAUGCUUUUGUUCUGGAUAGACAAAUCCUAGAUUCUGUCUUAAUUGCUAAUGAGUGUUUGGAUAGUAGGCUCAAGGCAAGGAUUCCUAGGAUUUUAUGUAAGUUGGAUGUGGAGAAAGCUUUUGAUCAUGUCAGUUGGGAUUUUUUUAUGUAUAUGUUGCAGCAUUGCGGAUUCUCUGAGAAAUGGAGAAAGUGGAUUCUGAUUUGUAUUUCCACAAUGAGAUUUUCGAUUUUGAUAAAUGGCUCCCCUAAGGAUUUCUUUGGGAGCUCUAGGGGGCUGCGCCAAGGAGAUCCUCUCUCCCCGCUCUUAUUUGCUAUUGUUAUGGAGGCAUUAAGUCGUUUGUUGGAUGGUGCGGUUCUGGCUGGACACAUUUCGGGUUUCACUGUUAGUACCAAGUCUAAUACCCCCCGCAUGGUGACACAUCUACUCUUUGCGGAUGACACUUUAAUUUUUUGUGAUGCUACAGCAAGUCAGAUUGAGUAUUUGCAGGAGAUUUUAGCCUCUUUUGAGGCGGUGUCAAGGUUGCACAUUAACCUAGCUAAGUCAGAAGUAGUUCCAGUUGGAGAGGUGACUAAUAUGGGGGAGCUUGUGGCAUUGCUAGGUUGUAGACAGUCAUCUUUGCCAAUGACUUACUUGGGACUGCCGUUAGGUGCUAAAUUCAAGGACAAGACGAUUUGGAACUCUAUCCUAGAAAGAAUGGAGCGAAGAUUAACGAGUUGGAAGCGAUUAUACUUAUCAAAAGGUGGUAAGAUUACCUUAAUCAAAAGCACUCUCUCAAGUUUGCCAACUUAUUUCCUAUCUCUUCCCUAUUCCUGCGGAUAUUGCUAUUCGUAUUGAGAGGCUUCAAAGAAAUUUUCUAUGGGGUGGGAUAGAUGAGUCUCCUAAAUUCCGACUAGUAAAUUGGGCCCAGGUUUGUUCUCCAUUGCAGUAUGGCGGUUUGGGCAUUAAAAAUUUGAGAACCUUCAAUCAAGCUUUGUUGGGGAAAUGGUUGUGGAGAUAUGGAAGAGAGACAACCCAUCUUUGGAGGCGGGUUAUUGAGGCUAAAUAUGGGAAUGAUUGGGGAGGUUGGUGUACAAAAGAAGUCUCUAAUCCUUAUGGUGUUAAUCUUUGGAGAACCAUAAGACAAGGCUGGCCAACCUUUUCAAAAUCCAUUCAGUUCGAGGUUGGUGUUGGUGACAAAAUUAAAUUUUGGCAUCAUGUGUGGUGUGGGAGUUGUACUCUCCGGGAGGAUUUUCCGGAACUCUAUAAUAUUAGUUGUAAUAAGGAGUCUUCUAUUGUAGAUGUUAUGCGCUUUCCCAACCAGAAACUUCACUGGGAUCUUCUUUUUUCUAGAUCUCCCCAAGAUUGGGAAACAGAACAUUUUUACACUUUUCUAGAUCUUAUCAAUUCAAUGCCCCUUAAUGGUGAAGGUCAAGAAAAACUAUGCUGGAAACCAACUGGGAAUAAGAAUUUUAAAGUGAGUGAGUACUAUCUCUCCCUUUCCUCUACUCUCGACAUUUCUUUCCCUUCGAAGCCUGUGUGGCGUUCAAAGGUCCCUACUAAGGUUGCUUUCUUCUCUUGGACUGCCUCAUUGGGUAAGAUUUUGACGACUGAAAAUUUAUGGUAUAAGGGUGUCGCAGUUGUAGAUUGGUGCUAUAUGUGUAAAAAGAGUGGAGAAUUGGUGAAUCAUCUUCUUCUUCAUUGUCCUAUUGCUUAUGAAUUAUGGUCUAUGGUGUGGGCUCUAUUUGGUCUUCAAUGGGUUAUGCCGCUUGGUGUCUCUAAUUUAUUUUCAAGUUGGCAAGGUUCCUUCGGUGGGCAUCAGAGCAUUGAUUUAUGGAGGGCUGUCCCACAUUGUGUCCUAUGGUGUAUUUGGCGAGAACAAAACUCAAGAUGUUUUGAAGGGAAGGAACGGUCUAUUUCAGAAGUUAAAUCUCUUCUUCUUCACACCUUGCUAGAGUGGAGUUCUUCCUUUAAUCUUUUCCCUUGUUCUACUUUUUUAGAAAUGCUUGAUCUUUGUAAUUUUUGUGUUUGAUAUACUGUUUUCCAAGUACACCCCCGGUGUACCUGGACUUUUGAUUAAUACAAUUCCGUUAUUUAUCAAAAAAAAAAAAAAAAAACAAUGAAACUACUAAUACAAUUGCAUUA